AUAGUAAACAAGGGUACCCCACACGAAAUGAACUAUGGUGUUGCAUUUGUUUUGUGGUUCAUAUGAAUCUUGCACUGCAAAUAUCACCGUAACUAACAUUGAUACCCUUAUUCUCUUCUUCCUAAUGGAAUUGUGUUCCACUACUCUUUCUUUCUCUUCUUCCACUUCUCAUCUCAAUUUUCAGAGCCCUAAAUUUCCUAAGAGGAAUUUUGGUCAAAAAAUUUCAAACCCUACAUUGCAUAAACCAUUUCUUCAGACAUUAAUUUAUGAACAAAAAUCGAUAAGACAUUCUACUGGAACAUAUAAUAGAAGAAUCAUAUCAGCUAAAGCGGGAAAACAGAGUUGGGAUUUUGGAAGAUUUAUAAAAACAUUAUACUUUUUCAAUGGUCCUCCUUCUCCUGAUAAGUUCUUUAACUUUCUAGUUGGGAAACUAUCCAGUACUUCCACAAGUGAAUCGGUUAACUCGAUGGGGACUUCGGAUAUUGUCCUUGUAGCCGGAGGUACUGGUGGUGUUGGUCGAAGAGUGGUUGACGUAUUACGGAAGAAAGGAAUUCCUGUCCGUGUAUUGGUUAGAAAUGAAGAGAAGGCAAGAAAGAUGUUAGGCUCAGAUGUUGACUUGGUUGUUGGAGACAUUACAAAAGAGAGUACUUUGAUCCCUGAAUACUUUAAAGGAGUAAAGAAAGUGGUUAACGCUGUUUCUGUAAUUGUUGGCCCUAAGGAAGGAGACACUCCAGACAGAGCAAAAUACAGCCAAGGAAUUAAGUUCUUUGAGCCAGAGAUAAAAGGUGAUUCACCAGAAAAGGUAGAGUACAUAGGAAUGAGAAAUUUGAUCAAGGCUCUGAAGAACAACCUUGGACUUCGAAGGGGAAAGCUAUUAUUUGGAUUUGAAGGCGAUAGUUAUAGGCAACUUUCUUGGGGAGCUUUAGAUGAUGUGGUAAUGGGUGGAGUUAGUGAAAGUACUUUUCAAAUUGACCCAAAUGGUAGUGAAAAUGGUGGACCAACUGGGGUUUUUAAAGGCGUUGUUUCAUCGGCAAAUAAUGGUGGCUUUACUAGUAUCCGAACAAAGAAUUUUUCAGAACCGGAGGAUCUCUCUGCAUAUGAUGGUUUGGAGUUCCGUCUAAAAGGUGAUGGACGUAGAUAUAAAGUCAUUAUACGUACAAGCACUGAUUGGGAUGCUCUUGGAUACACUGGAGGCUUUGACACAGAGAAAGGCAAAUGGCAAUCGAUACAAUUGCCAUUUUCUUCCUUGAGGCCUAUAUUCCGAGCAAGAACUGUGUCUGAUGCUCCUCCAUUUGAUCCAAGAAAUGUUGCAUCAUUGCAGCUCAUGUUCAGCAAGUUUGAAUAUGAUGGUAAAUUAAAUGAGACUUUUGUGGAAGGUCCGUUUGAGCUUCCGGUGUCUAGCAUAAGGGCAUAUAUAAAGGAUCCAAUAACACCUAGAUUUGUACAUGUGGGCUCAGCGGGAGUUACCAGACCGGAAAGACCUGGACUUGAUCUAAGUAAACAGCCUCCUGCAGUUCGAUUAAACAAGGAACUGGAUUAUAUCCUCACAUUUAAACUAAAGGGUGAGGAUUUAAUUCGAGAAAGUGGCAUUCCAUUCGCGAUCGUGAGGCCCUGUGCAUUAACUGAGGAACCUGCUGGAGCCGAUCUAAUCUUUGAUCAAGGAGAUAAUAUUACCGGUAAAAUAUCAAGGGAAGAGAUCGCUCGCAUGUGUGUAGCUGCACUUGAAAGCCCUUAUGCAUGUGACAAAACAUUUGAGGUCAAAAGUGUUGUUCCAUUUAGUGAGCCGUUUACUGUGGAUCCAGAAAAUCCUCCUCCAGAAAAGGACUAUGACAUAUACUUUAAAGAUUUAAAAGAAGGCAUAACUGGAAAGGAAGCGCUCCAAGAGAAUCCCAUUCCUGUUUAAUAUUCCUGCAUUGCAGUUCAGCCAUGGAUGUCGCAUAUAUGGUACAUUGAGAGCUGCACAUAAUCUUUGAAUCCAAAGAAAUAUAAACCAAACAAAUCUGUGAUACUUCAUAAACCUAGACAUGAAUGUUUCCUUAUACAAGAUGAAUGUAUAUUCUUAGUGCUUAAACACAUGCUUUCCUUUUUCCUUGUUUGCUUUAGCAGAUAGAAAGACAGAAUUUUCAUAUUCAUAAUCGACACGACCACACCACACUUUCAUAAACCAAAAUAAAUUUUGUUGGACAAUAAUAUCUGUAUAAAACAUAUUUCUUUAGUCUGAUUUAUUUUCACAUUCUCA